UAUUCUUAUUUGAGUCAAAGAAGAAAUAAAAAAUAGCCCCUGUUAAAAAAACAACACACAUCCCCCCCCCCCCCCCCCCCAUCCCCAAAAUCUAACAAUGGUUGAAGUGGCCAAACAGGACUUCUUCUUGGAGCCACUCCCAGAGCCACUACUGAUAAUCCUGUCCCCACCUCCACCUUUCUUACCUGUCCCUGGUGAACCGACUAUGUUUUGGCAUAAGUGGCUUAAAGCUUUUGAACACUAUGUUGAGGCACUUGGUGAAAACGAGCUAACCGACUCCAGUAAGUGUGUGCUGUUACAGAACUGCCUUGGACCGGAGGGUCAGCGUAUCUUCACAACACUGAUCCAGAGUGAAACCACGUACACAGAAGCCAUCUCAGCGCUGACUUCUUACUUCAGCAGUGAUCACACCUCUCAGAUGUACCGCCUUAAAUUUCAUCAGAGGGCUCAAAUGCCCGGAGAGACUGUAGAUCAGUUUGUGUUUGCGUUAGAAGAACUGCUGAGGCCUUGCAACUAUGGAGACUUAAAAGACAAACUUCUCCUGGAUCAGCUGAUUGAGAAGACAAACCUCCCACAACUCAAAGAGAGGCUGCUGUUGGAGAGGGAAACUCUGACCUUGGAUAAGGCAUUGGUUAUCGGUAAAGAGUUUGAAUCUGCGUUAAAUGAAUCUGAACUGUUUGGUGUUCAUGAGGUCAGUGUAGACAUCGGAGACUUUUUAGACCCUCCUGUUCAAAGAAAGGCCAAAAGAGGACGUCCUCGGCGUGGGGAGGAAAGGGCGAAAAACAAAACAAAACCGAGCUCGACGAAAACCCCAACAAGAUCAUCUAGAUACAAAGAUGAUUACUAUUACAGCCAUGACAAGCUCUAUUAUAGUGAUGAUGAUAAAGAUAAAUCUAAAAGAGCUAAUGAAACUAAUCUGGUUUGCGAUGUAGCCAGCGAAAAAACAGGUAAGGAUGAUGAUGAUGCUUUGUCGUCAUCAUCUCAGAGGAUGGAAGAGGGAGGCUGCGACAAAGCUUGUGAUGGUGUUGAUAACGAUGAUGAAGACUUUGUCCUCUCUUCGACUAAACGAAAAGGCCCCAACUGUCCCAUCUGUAUUGACAGGCGCUUCAGAGAUGCAAACAAGCUCGCCAGACACAUGAGGACGCACACAAAGGAGAAACCGUUCAGCUGCCCCAUCUGCGCCAUCACCUUCAGUGAGUCCUACCACAUGACCCGACACCUGAGGAACCAGCACGGUGCCGGCCCACACGUCUGCUCCACAUGUGGGAAAGGUUUAGGGAGUGCGAAAGAGCUGAAAAGUCACAAGAAGACUCACACGUCGCAAGUCAUGUCAUGUCCUGACUGUCAUGCAAAAUUCACUGACAAGGGUGCGUUUCUUAGUCAUAUAGUGACACAUGACACCGACCAGUCCACCGAGAUAGAGGGACAGAGUUCCCAGGAAAGUGAGGAAGUGAAAAACCAAGAAAUAAUCGAAUCAUGCUACAAAGAUAAUCAUGAGAGUGAUGAUUGCCGAGAUAAUGUUGAGAAUGAUGCAGACUCUCCUGAUUCUCAGGAUAAAGGGUCUGAUGCUGGUGUUAAGACUGAAGAAAAGGACACUAAUGAAGCUGAAUCUCAAGAUGGAGGCAGUCAGGAAGAAAAUGUCACCUCUAAGACUAAGACAGAAGGACAUUAUUGUCCCAUCUGUGUUGGCAGGCGCUUCAGAGGGCCAAACAAACUUGCUAGACACAUGAGGACGCACACUAAGGAGAAACCGUUCAGCUGCCCCGUCUGCGCUCUGACAUUCAGCCAGUCCUACCACAUGACCCGACAUCUGAGGAACCAGCACGACUUGGGCCGCUAUAUCUGCUCUAAAUGUGGGAAAAGUUUAAGUACCUGGCUGGAAUUUAGAGCACACAAGAAGACUCAUGCAGUUGAAGGCCUGACAUGUCUUGCAUGUGACAAACAGUUCAAGGAGAAGGCUGCACUUGUGAGUCAUCUUAAAUUACACAAGAAGGUCCAGUCCAGCCCGCGAAGCCUCGUCUGCGGCGAUUGCGGCAAAGUAUUUGGUCGGAUGUAUCAUUUGAAAAGGCAUAUAGUGACCCAUCGCAAAGCAUCAAACGGUGAGUGUUACACAUGCCCUGAUUGUCAGAAGAAUUUUGCCUUUCCAGAAGACCUCAACAAACACCUGGAGAUUCAUGUGAAAGAAAACAAUGGGACUUGUCCAAAAUGUGAUGAAACCUUCAGUAGUCCGGAAGAACUGGAGACGCACAUGGGGGUUCAUGAAAAGUCUUACUCCUGCAACACCUGCGGCAAGAAGUUUAAGGUCGAGUAUGCGCUGAAGAAGCAUGAGCAAGGCCACAAAGAUGAGCAGUAUUAUUGUUCGUUGUGCCGCAAACGCUUUAUCAAGCUAUCUCACUACAAGAGGCACAUAAUGGUCCAUGACAGACGGGAAUCCAGAUGUCCACACUGUGACAGUGUCUUUCUAAAGUUAACAGCUUUGAAGUAUCACUUGCGGACUCAUACAGAAGAAAGACCGCACCAGUGUACCUGUUGUAUUGAGACCUUUGAGGAGAAGGAAGAGCUAGAGCAACAUUGCCUCAAACACAGGAAAUUCAAGAGGCAGAGGCCGUACUCGUGCACUCGGUGUGAUUUCGCUUUCUCUACACUAAUUGAGCUGACAGAGCACAUGAGCUCCCACGAGGGCGAGCAGCCGCUGAACUGCCCCGACUGUGGCAGGACUUUCUUGAACAAAAACAAGCUGGAGAAGCACAUGAGCCUUCACACGGGGGAGAGACCUCACCUCUGCUCUGUCUGCGGCAACGGCUUCCCCUCAGCCGCCAGUCUCAAGUUACACAUCCACAUCCACACCGGAGAAAAACCCUUCCAGUGUUCGCAAUGCAGCAAGAGUUUCAGGUCAUCCAGCGGGCUGCGGCUGCACAGCAGACAGCACAUGGAGGUGCGGCCCAGCUACAAGUGUCCCGAGUGCGACAGGACUUAUGGUCGCAUGACUGAGCUGAAGAUGCACCAACGCUAUCACACGGGGGAUAAACCGUACGCAUGCACCUGCUGCAACAAACGCUUUAUUAGCAAAGACAAACUGAACGUUCACAUGAGGAUACACACAGGCGAGAGGCCAUACUCCUGUCCCCACUGUGGACAAACCUUUACACAGACGGGGGAUAGAAACAGACACAUCAGUAAAUACCACUAGUUUGAUACUGUAGUAACAGAACUCCAGUGAAGCAGCUUCGGUUGUUGCUUUGGAAUUAUCGCACCAGUGUUUUUGCAUGUUUGCAGGGGUAGGUAGCAUUAAGAUUUUUCUCUUAUUUGAGAAAAUAUUAAUCAAAAUAUGUUGAAUGCCAAUUUAGGCAGAUUUAUGCUGCCAUGAACACUAAAUACGUCACACAUGAUGAGGUUAUGUGAUUGUUUUUGGUAGAAUAAAGAAGAAUAUAGAUCUUCUCUCUCGUUGAAGAAAAAAAGAAGAAAAUCCUAAACACCAUCUCAAAGUAAGGCUUUUUAAAGUGAUCAACAUGAAGAGAGAUUAACAUGUAUGAAAGUCUUUGUCUUCUCAAAUGUUAAAUGUCUAAACACAAGCAGUUUUAAAAUAACUUUUCAUAAAGAGAAUAGUCUGGUCACUGUAAAUAAUGAGUUACUGAUGGGGUAAUGAUCAUUACUAUUAUUAAGGAUUUAUUUAUUAUUACCAAACAUUAACAUCAUCAGCAUUUACAGUGGGAUUAUGGAUUGUGCUUUUAAGGACGGUCUGAUGUCUAAGACACUAAGCUGUCAAACAGCAACCUCCUUAGUGCAGGAAACUACAAAUUCACUUGACUUCAUGUUUGCUGGGUUUGAUUUUGUUGAAAACAUAGCUCAUGAAUGUGGUGCUUCUUGUUGGCAGACUUUAACUUAAUGGAUAGUGGGCUAAAACAUGCAAAAGCACUGAUUUCUCUGUGCAGUACAAGCCUUCACUGUUACCAUCCAAAUAGUUUGUUACUUCAUACCUCGGCCUUCUUCUAUAUCACUACAUUGCCACAAAUGACACUAAAAGAUUUCAGAGCUUGAGUUUCACUACUUUUUAUUGUAUGUUUUGUUUUGCUUUUUGCAAUAUUUUUAUUUAGGCUUCUCCGUACUGUAAGUGUAAUGCAUUCACUUGAGAAAAAAAGAUUCUGCUCUGUUUUUCUGAAUUAACGAGACACCUCAAAAUCCCAAGAGAAGCUCUCAUUUAGCUUGAAUUAAAGCAAAAAUGUCCUGCCUGUUUAGUUUAAUCCAGUUUUAAUUUUGGUUUGAGACAUUGGGAGAUAGUCUUGUCUUUCAGAAAUGUAGAUGGUAUCUGUAUUCGUUUAUCUACCCUGUCACCGUAUAGGCCUAGCACUGUUGCUGUUGGUCGUUCAGGCUGAUGGCCUGCUCUCUGCAGGAUUUUGAGGCAUGUCGUUGAUUCAGAAAAACGGAGCAGCAUUUUCUUUUCAGCAUUACGCUUCCGUAUCUCUGUAAUCAAGCAUUUUGUUACUGUGUUUAGAAAAGUGCCAUAAAAAUAAAACCAUUAUUCACUCUUCUA